CGUCCGCAGCCCGGCUACCGGCUCGGCGACGCCCCGGCGCCCGGCCGGCCCUCAGGGAGGCGGACCCCGCUGCCCGGCCUCGCCUCGCGCCUCGCCCGCGAUCGGGCCGGACUGGGCGGUGUCAGCGGAGGCCCUCGGCAGGCGCGUCCGCCGCCGCGCGACACCCGGGCAGCCGCGGCGCCGACGGGAGCGGCAGCGGGAGACCCGCCAUGGAGACCCGCUACAACCUGAAGAGCCCGGCUGUUAAACGACUGAUGAAAGAAGCGGCUGAAUUGAAAGACCCCACCGAUCAUUACCACGCUCAGCCUCUGGAGGAUAACCUUUUUGAAUGGCACUUCACAGUUAGAGGGCCCCCAGAUUCUGAUUUUGAUGGAGGAGUUUAUCAUGGACGCAUAGUUCUGCCACCAGAGUACCCCAUGAAACCACCGAGCAUUAUUCUGCUAACGGCUAAUGGGCGAUUUGAAGUGGGCAAGAAGAUCUGCCUAAGCAUCUCAGGGCAUCAUCCUGAAACCUGGCAGCCUUCGUGGAGCAUAAGGACAGCAUUGCUGGCCAUCAUUGGUUUUAUGCCAACUAAAGGAGAGGGAGCCAUAGGUUCUCUAGAUUACACACCCGAGGAGAGAAGAGCACUUGCCAAAAAAUCACAAGAUUUCUGUUGUGAAGGCUGUGGCUCUGCCAUGAAGGAUGUUCUAUUGCCUUUAAAAUCUGGAAGUGAUUCCAGCCAGGCUGACCAAGAAGCCAAAGAACUGGCGAGACAAAUUAGUUUUAAGGCCGAAGUCAAUUCAUCUGGAAAGACUAUCGCUGAAUCAGACUUAAACCACUCUUUUUCACUAGAUGGUUCACAAGACGAUUUACCUACAACAUUCCAGGGUGCUACGGCCGGCACAUCGUAUGGAACCCAGAAUCCAUCUGGAGUACCCUUGCCACAACCUACCCAACCAGCUCCUAAGAAUACCUCCAUGAGCCCUCGACAGCGCCGGGCCCAGCAGCAGAGUCAGAGAAGGUCUACUUCCCCCGACGUGACCCAAGGCCAGCCGCCAAGAGCCAACCAUACUGAGCACGGCGGAUCUGCCAUGCUCAUUGUCAUCCUGACUUUGGCACUGGCAGCUCUUAUAUUCCGACGGAUAUAUCUGGCCAAUGAGUACAUAUUUGACUUUGAGUUAUAAUGCUGGUUUGUGACUUAAGAGCUGAGACUCAGUUGCUUCAUUAAACAUUCUGCAUUGGGUAUAACCUAA